GGGGACAGUCGACGUUUCCAUGGAAAAUUCUCCCCUCGAGGGAUUUUACAGGUCCGAAAGGACACUUACGGCUGCGCAAAGGAAAAAACUCAAAAAGAAACAGUCGCAGUAUGAACAAGAAGCAGAACGGGAAAAGGAACGACUUUAUGAAACAAACGAGGGAAAUGUAGAACUUGAGGCAAUCGAAGCGAGAAUUGGUCCGCAUGGCCUAAAGAUCCAUCAUAUUCCAGGAGAUGGAAAUUGUCUAUUCAAAUCAAUUGAGCAUCAACUGAGGACGAGAGCAAGUGCGGAUUCAUCUCUCAAAUCUUACGACCAUCAAGCCUUGAGAAAGAUGGUGGUUCAGUAUCUCCGAAUGCACAGAGCUGAUUUCGAGCACUUUGUCUAUGGAGUUUACGAAGAUGAUUGUGACGACAUGUUUGCAUUCUACUGCGACAAGAUGGAAUCGGAUGGUGAAUGGGGGGGUGAAUUGGAGCUUCGACUGUUUUCGGACAUUCUCAAUUGCAGAAUCCAUGUACACACUGCAGAUAGUGAAAGUAUUGUUUACGGCCCAGAGGGCGCUACACUUGUUCUGCAUGUAUCAUUCCACAAGCAUGCAUAUUCGCUUGGAUGUCAUUAUAACUCGCUAGUCACGGCAUGAUUACUUUAAAUUGAGUAAAGGUGU